UCGAGGGACUCUAAGAAUAUUAAACAAAAAUUCGUUUUCCGCUUGGGAAAUCACUCGCUUCAAACUUCCAUGUAUUAUCUUCAAACUCCCAUGUAUUAUGAUCUCUUCAAACUCCCAUGUAUUAUGAUCUCUUCAAACUCCCAUGUAUUAUGAUCUCUUCAAACUCCCAUGUAUUAUGAUCUCUUCAAACUCCCAUGUAUUAUGAUCUCUUCAAACUCCCAUGUAUUAUGAUCUCUUCAAACUCCCAUGUAUUAUGAUCUCUUCAAACUCCCAUGUAUUAUGAUCUCUUCAAACUCCCAUGUAUUAUGAUCUUUUCAAACUCCCAUGUAUUAUCUCCUCAAACUCCCAUGUAUUUUGAUCUCUUCAAACUUCCAUGUAUUAUAAUCUCUUCAAACUCCCAUGUAUUAUGAUCUCUUCAAACUCCCAUGUAUUAUGAUCUCUUCAAACUCCCAUGUAUUAUGAUCUCUUCAAACUCCCAUGUAUUUUGAUCUCUUCAAACUCCCAUGUAUUUUGAUCUCUUCAAACCCCCAUGUAUUAUGAUCUCUUCAAACUUCCAUGUAUUAUGAUCUCUUCAAACUCCCAUGUAUUAUAAUCUCUUCAAACUCCCAUGUAUUAUGAUCUCUUCAAACUCCCAUGUAUUAUGAUCUCUUCAAUCUCCCAUGUAUUAUGAUCUCUUCAAACUCCCAUGUAUUAUGAUCUCUUCAAACUCCCAUGUAUUAUGAUCUCUUCAAACUCCCAUGUAUUAUGAUCUCUUCAAACUCCCAUGUAUUAUGAUCUCUUCUAGCCUCCUCCGCAGGUAUCUCGUAGUUCACGUACUUCAGAACCUGCAAGAAAUUCUGCCCGAUAAUCGAAAGGCGAUGCCUGCGGAGGAGGCUAGAUCUCUUCAAACUCCCAUGUAUUAUGAUCUCUUCAAACUCCCAUGUAUUUUGAUCUCUUCAAAUUCCCAUGUAUUAUGAUCUCUUCAAACUCCCAUGUAUUAUGAUCUCUUCAAAUUCCCAUGUAUUAUGAUCUCUUCAAACUUCCAUGUAUUAUAAUCUCUUCAAACUCCCAUGUAUUAUGAUCUCUUCAAACUCCCAUGUAUUUUGAUCUAUUCAAACUCCCAUGUAUUAUGAUCUCUUUAAACUCCCAUGUAUUAUGAUCUCUUCAAACUUCCAUGUAUUAUGAUCUCUUCAAACUCCCAUGUAUUAUAAUCUCUUCAAACUCCCAUGUAUUAUGAUCUCUUCAAACUUCCAUGUGUUAUGAUCUCUUCAAACUCCCAUGUGUUAUGAUCUCUUCAAACUCCCAUGUAUUAUUAUCUCUUCAAACUCCCAUGUAUUAUGAUCUCUUCAAACUCCCAUGUAUUAUGAUCUCUUCAAACUCCCAUGUAUUAUCUCUUCAAACUCCCAUGUAUUUUGAUCUCUUCAAACUUCCAUGUAUUAUAAUCUCUUCAAACUCCCAUGUAUUAUGAUCUCUUCAAACUCCCAUGUAUUAUAAUCUCUUCAAACGCCCAUGUAUUUUGAUCUCUUCAAACUCCCAUGUAUUAUGAUCUCUUCAAACUCCCAUGUAUUAUGAUCUCUUCAAACUCCCAUGUAUUAUGAUCUCUUCAAACUCCCAUGUAUUAUGAUCUCUUCAAACUCCCAUGUAUCAUCUCUUCAAACUCCCAUGUAUUAUGAUCUCUUCAAACCCCCAUGUAUUAUGAUCUCUUCAAACUCCCAUGUAUUAUAAUCUCUUCAAACUCCCAUGUAUUAUGAUCUCUUCAAACCCCCAUGCAUGUAUUUUCUCGCCGUAUAGGUCCGCGAACGAAUUCCCGUAGAGAAGAGUAUGUUGGGCAGACUGGUAAGCCAUACAGUUGAACUACAGGGUGUAUCAAAAAUGGUGAUCCAGAUUUAGAGUGCUCUUGUGCAUUCAAUAUUCAGAUUUAUAUUUUUCAUAUUUUUAAUGAAGAUUAGGGGGAUAGCUUUCGAAUGACACUUUUUUGUAUCAUUUCACGCAAAAGUGACCAAAUACGAGCCGAUUGAAAAUUGCCGGAAAAAAUCAGAUUUUUCCACUUAUAUGUGCAUUUACUAAAGCAGUGCAGAACAAAAGAAAAACGAGUUAGUCUCUAAUUAACCUGAGAAUCAGGCCCUUAUGUUUUCAUUCGCCAGGAUUAAUUGAUGGACCACGCUGGCUUUCCAAGUGGAGCAUCGACAAUAUAUUAUAGUAAAUGUUACAAUUUACAAAAUAAUUUAAAUCGUUAACAAUGUUAAGAACUACGAAAAUACAAAAUACAUAUUACAAAACAAAUGGUACAAUACUGUCAAUCAGGGGCGUAGGAAGCUUGUAAAAGUUAUUUGGAGUCUCCAGUCUCCAUUUUCAGGGUCUUCUAGCACUUUCGUUAAGCUCUUUCAAAUUCUGUCAUGAUUUGUAAGCUAUAAAUAUGUUUACUUUAUGGUUCGCGACUGCAUUAGAUGAUAACUAUUUGAGGAAGUAAAUACCGCCGCCUAACAAGCAGCAUAGAUCAAAAACAUCCAAUGACAAAAUGGGGGGCAUGCAUGUGCGAGUUAAGAAACACGCAAACUUUCGCUUGCCAACUUUGAUCAACUUCCAUCCUCGUUUGAGCAGGACUUUUAUUUUAAUUAUUUUUUUGCCAGGAAGAUUUGUUUAUCCUCAAGAAACAGUUGAAGAAACUGCUCGUCGGUUUGUAAGUGGUAUGUGAGAUUUUUCGUAUUGUUCAUCGUGCAAAAUUCUCUGUACGUUAAUGUCCUUCUUUUUAAUAUAUACGUUUUAUAAGAUAUACAAACUCGGGCCGAAGGCGAGAUGUUGUAUAUUUGCAACACGGACGUGAAUUAUGCAAAUCAGGAGAAUUUUUUAUAUGUUGAUACAACACCUCAUUAAACUAUUGGUUUUCGUUUGAGUUUUCUUCUUGACGUAUUAAGGUGAUUCAUCAGUUUUGCAUUGCGCACUUUUACUGCGCAUAUCUAAUAACAAGUUCUAGCUAAUAUAUGUAGUUGAACUGCAAUGUGAAGUGAUAAGGAAAGAGUAAGGGCAAGGAGAAAACCAGUCUUUAGUAAAUAUUGAUUAGGCGUGCUUCAGGAAAUAUAUACCUUCAAAAAUGACAUGUCAUUCCCAAAAUAAUAUGUCUAAGAAAAAGACAUCUUUGCACCACGGCAAUGCACAUCAAUGGACAAUGGUUUUUGAUUCGCUAAAAUGCCAUGUUUUGUUGUAUAUAAUCCCUAGAUAGACAUUUCGCCCACUAGGAAGACAGACACUUCGUCCCUGGGAAGUUUCAGCAAAUUCUCAUUUCCGGAACAAUUACUGACGAAUCACCUUAAUGAGUCUUUCCACAAAUUCUCAUAUUCAUAUUUACCUGCUACUUAAUGCUGUGAAUCUGGCCAGUACCGGCGGCACCAACGUACGCGGCAGUGUCCCCGGCCUUGGCGGUAACAAUAUUUUUGGCCAAUCUUUUAAUAUGAUUUGUUUUCAUUUCUAGCACGACCAGAUUACACUGAUAAACAGGAGAGGACAAGAAAAAUGAAUAGGAAAAGUAGGUAAAGCCUGUCGGACAAGAGAGAAACUUACUGAGCUAACUGCCUCGCGGAAAAAGUACUCAACAGCAACGUCGUUGGUAAGAUCGUUUGCAUUUCCCUCCAUUGUCGCCAUUUUGACCAAAGUCACGUGGAGAAACUAUUGGUUCUCAUUGGCUAGUUAAUUCAAACAGCUCAGCACUACGCCACAGACUACGCUCGCAACAUCCGCAGACGUUAAUUUUUUUCUCGCAGCGCAAUGAACAAUAUCAAACAAGAUAGAUAUUUUCCUCAAGGCCUCGAGAAGGUAAAUCCUCACACAAAAUAGCCGUCACACGAAGCGAUUAGCUCAGGAAGUUUCUCUCGUAUGCGGACGGCUUAAAGCGUGCAAUACUGCUCAUCAAGGUAGCAUACCACAAUCCUGAACAUAAUUGAGCCUGUCUCAAAAUUCGCAUACACUAUCAACAGUCUCGAGGUUGUUCGCAACAUUGAACUAGGGUAGAGGAGAUGACGAAGUUGGUUUCAUUAUAGCCUAUCGAAGGAAAGAUGGCUGUGAAACUCAUUAGAAUAACAAUAUAACUCAUUAUCUAUGUUGGUCAACGUUUAUUCAUAAAUCUGGUCGUUUCACCGUCACGUGUGUAUUGUAUUUUUACCAAAUCCACCAAUAGCAAUUUCCAGUUUCCCUAUUGUUCGAGUCACGGAUAGGUGACUUUCCUAAAACAUUGCUAUUGGUUAGUUGGGCAAGAAUACAAUACACACGUGACGGUGAAGGACCAGAUUUAUGAAUAAACGUUGACCAACAUAGAUAAUGAGUUAUAUUGUUAUUCUAAUGAGUUUCACAGCCAUCUUCCCUUCGAUAGGCUAUGGUUAAAUCGACCCUGCAAUAUUAGGAGAAGGCUAUGGUUAAAUCGACCCUGCAAUAUUAGGUCUCAAGAGUUAUGUUCAAGAUUGUAAUCCAAUCGUGUGCCUUUGUAUAAUAUGGUAUUACAUUGCAAUGUGCUGUUUUGUGUUCUUUGUUGAUGUUUCGGUUUGCGUUCGCAUCAAAGUGCCAUUUACUAACUUCCACUUUUUUUCAGGGAAACGAAAUAAUAGGAAGACCAGAAUUACAGAAUACACACAAUCAACAAGUAAAAAUAUAAUUGUAAUUAAUUAUACCAAUAUACAGUAUUGCAAUGGCUUGCCAUCAAUAUUAUUUAAUUUUAAAUAUUGUUUAUACACCAAAAAUUUGUUCACUUAUUUGGAUAAUUAGCAAUUAUUCGCCGAAGGCGAGGUGAUUAUCGGUGAAUAAAAACCGAGACGAAGUCGAGGUUUCUAUUCACGAUAAUCACCGAGCCUGAGGUGAAUAAUUGUUUUAGUAUAAUUUCAUAGGUGAUUAUUUGGAAAAAAUAAGAAAAUACACAUUUCUUCGUCAUUUAAUUGACAAAAAGGCUUCGGCCGCCACUUUGAAAAUCGCUUAGGUGAUUAUCGCGUAAUAAUCACCUCAACGGCAACCAAUCAGCGUGGAGAAUUUUCAAUAAUCACCUAUGUAAUUAUACUAAUCACAAAUAUUUUAGGAAAUCGCAAUAAUAGACAAAUCUACAAUACGCAAACUACACAAUCAACAAGAAUCAUUACCACAGGAAGUUGUGAGUAUUCAAUUUUUAAUUCCUUAUGUGGCAAUGCGCCAUCUUUAUUAUUAUACUCUGUCUAACAUCAGUUGAUUUCACUUGUCAAGGGGAGACGGAAUGGGGGUAAAAUAGCUAGUAGGUACGAUCCAGAAUUGAAUAUGAUAAGGCACAAACAUGCAUGUCGUUUUCUAAACCGACGCUGUUUUUGGUACAUUUUGAAGAUCAAGGAUGCCGAGACACUGGGAUGUAUUGUACUUUUUGGAAAUCCAUUGGAUGUUGUGAGCAAGAGUUAGGUCGAAAAUAUUGCCGCAAGUCAUGUGGCUUCUGCUGUAAGUGGAAAUCUUUUCUAUUUAUACUAGAUAGCUCUAUCAGUCGGUCAGAGAUAGCGCAGCGAUUUUGCGAAGGGGGCUGGUAUUGAGAUGAAGUAAGUCCACGGCGAAUCUUUUCCGCGAGGUGUCUGAGCAUGCCUCCAGAAAAGUUUGAAUUUUUCAGCUAUUUGUCACAAUAAUUUUGUUAAAAUUAACCAUAUUUUGAGUGUAUCUAAAAGUCGAGGGUCGAGAGUCGAGAGUAAAGGUCGAGAGUCGAGAGUAAAAGUCGAGAGUAAAAGUCGAGAGUCGAGAGUAAAAGUCGAGAGUCGAGAGUAAAAAGUCGAGAGUAAAAAGUCGAGAGUCGAUCGAGAGUAACUGAAAAGUCGAGAGUCGGCAAAAUUGUCAUCAUAAACAACAAAGUCAAAAUAUUUUUAACACAAUAUAUAUCAACCGAUCCGUAACAACGGCUGAUUAUAGCGGCGUAUGGGCGAAGGGGGGGGGGGGGGCAGUCCCGCCCCCCAGUCAAAAUAAAGUCAUGCAAAUUAUAAACGUAUAAAUUCGGGCAAAAAUUGGGGGAAAUAAAUUUAAAAAGAAGACAGUACAUGCAAUAUGGUAUUUGAAAAUACCAGACAGAAAUAUGUAAAAGUAACGAGGAAUCGACAAAUAGGAAAAUACUUUUGUCUACUUCCCAACGACAAUUUUGGAAAUUUAGUUACACGGAAAAUUUUAUUCAGUGGGUAAAAGUCGGGUAAAUUUUCUUUCUGGCUCCCUGAUUUUUUCCCGCUCGUACGCCUAUGACGGCUGAACUAAUUUCAUUUCCUAUAUCGGAACAUAAAGCAAACAAUAUUCAGUGAGAAACAUAAUUUGAGUAUGCUCAAAUUCUCGAAAUUAAAGUAAACAAGAGGCAUAUACAAUCAAAGGAAUAAUCCAGUAUAAUAUAAAACAAAAACUUUCGCAAAAAUUUAGCCACAACAUUCAAUAAUAAUAACUAUUACCUAAUAACUAGUUUUAUCGCUUUUACAUGCACCUAUUUCCGCGAAAAAUUACUCAUAUCACAUAUGUGAAGCUACAACUACAAGCUACAUAUAAAUACUAGGACUUUACAAUCACGUGCAAGACAUAUGACCACCCGAUAGAGUCACACAUACGACAAAACAAUCCUAUUUUUACUGGCUCGUAUUUAUGAAUUCACAAUUGUAUGAAUCGUUAGAUCGAUUGUGAUCAACGUGGAUUUCUUAAUACGCUCUCGUUUGAUAUAAACGUACGUUAAUGAAUACUGUAAGUGACAUUUUAGAGGGUCCUGAAGGGGUAAAAUGAGAACUGGGAUUUGCUUAUUUUUGGGUGGGAAAAUGAGAUUUCAUGCACUGGGACUGGGAUUCAUCAGCAAAAAGACAAUAGAAAAUGGGAAUAUUUGAGCAGGACAGCCACUGAGAUGAUGGGAUUUGUGCUCCGGGACAAUGGUAUUUACAUGGGCGUACGGGAAGGAAAAAAUUAGGGGGGGGGCGGAAAAAAAUUUGCCGUUGUUGCCCGACUGUGAAGCGAAUAUUGCCCGACUGGCUUUGUUUGUCCAACAAACUGGGGGGGCUGCCGCCCCCCCCGCCCGGUACGCCGAUGGGGAUUUAAUCAAAAUUUGGGCUGGGAAAUGGGAAUACGACCCCCCCCCCCCUUCAGGACCCUCAUUUUAGUUACAAGCCUGGAGAUGGCUGUCAAAAUUCAGCGGAGUUUAUGUGUCAGUUAGAAUGAAAUGACAUGUGAAAACACUUAGCAAGAUUGAGGCAUCAAAUGCGAUAUUAUUUGUAUUUCAGCCGUUGGUACUUGUUACGGAAUGGCUAUGUAAAGCUAUAUAUAGAUUGUGUUAAACGUGGUUAAAAAUAUUUUGACUUUGUUGUUUCUGAUGACAUUUGCCGACUCUCGACUUUUUACUCUCGAUCGACUCUCGACUUUUUACUCUCGACUCUCGACUUUUACUCUCGACUCUCGACUUUUACUCUCGACUCUCGACUUUUACUCUCGACUCUCGACCUUUACUCUCGACUCUCGACCCUCGACUUUUAGAUACACUCCCAUAUUUUACAGGGACCAGUCAUUAGAGGAACGGUAUACUCAAAAUGGUUGUUAUUUAUUCGGACUCCUGUGGUGAACUGCAUAUACGUAAUAAACUCGUAUUUUUCAGUUUGAGACCGCCCCCAAUUCAGGCAAAAAUAGUUGAAAAAUAGUUUUGGCAAGGUUUCCAAACAUCACUCGUACUAUUAAUCCCUAAUUGUACUCGCCAUCGCAUGAUUACCUAUACAUAUGGUCCGUUGGAAAAUGUUGUGAAAAUUGUUUACAACUUACUUCAUAGAUAUUGGUCGUCAAUUUCGCCAUUUUGGCUUCACUUUCCUCAUGCGCCGAAUGGCUGAAGAAGUUCUUGCUCUAGAUAUAUAUUCAGCUCACUGAGUCAAACUGGGAAACAUUCUUCUCACAAGCGACUGAGGCGAAAUUAUAAUCAGACAUCUGCAUAAAUUGCUGGAAUCGAAUCCUUUUUCCGCACACAAUUAAGUAAAAUGUUCGUGGAUUGACCACUGUGCUACUUGUUAUAGCUCCACAACAGACGAUAUGUCCAUCUUCCUACAAGUAUGGCUGCUGUUAUGAUGGAACAGAGGCAUUGAACAGUGAACAUUCAGACUGCCCUGGUAAGAUGAGGAUCAAGAGUAAUUUAGGAUUACACUAUAAAACACCCCGGUUACAAUUUCCUGGUUAAUCUCCGAGCCAAGGGCGCGAGGCUACUAAUUGAUAAUUCCCUUAUUACGUUUUCGUAGCGCUUUGCAUUGUGGUUAGGGACCGGUCAUUAAAUAUGGCAGGGGGUGGAGUAGAAAGUAGGGGGGUCCUGAAUUAUUUUUCCUUGCGAUGGGGGUCUUGAAAAUUACAUUAUGUGAAAGAGGGGGUCUUCGGAUUUUUCCCAACAAAAGGAUUGUUUCUCGUUAUAUACUAUGAACAGCCAAAAGAGAUGCAUAAAAUACCCUUUAAACUGGAACACUGGGUUCAUACGUAUAUAGUGUUCGUAUCGGUUUGUAUCAUAUUGAGUACGUAUAUAGUGUUCAGUGGAUGUAGGCGAGACAAGCAUAGGCCAUAGAGUAACCUACCUAAAUAAAUUGUAAAAUAUUUAUUUAACUAGUUUCAUCAAAUUUUAUACCUCUUUUAAUACUCCAGCCAUCAAUACAAAACUAUAUUUCAAGCGGUACAAGAGGGGGUCUUUAAAAAGUAUAAAAUGCAUAAGGGGGGGGGGGGGCUUGAAAAGACAUAUAAUUUUUGAGGGGGGGGGCCAAAAUUUUUUUCAAAAUUUCUAGUUUCUUCUCCAUCCCCCUCCCCCCCCCCUUGCCAUAUUUAAUGACCGGUCCCUUAUACAGUAGUGGUAUCACUAAUAUUCAAGAUGGUUUAUUUUUUUAAAUUAACCAGGAUAUUUUCAAUCAGGCUGUUCUUGGAGUGUUGUGUAAGGGCUAGAUAAAGGCUAGUUUUCAUUGCCAGGCGACAGCCGCCGGCGUGUCGCAGGCAGAUGAUUUUCAUUAUCGAAGCUCAGGGCUUCUUUUAAUACCAUAGACGGGGGGACUUAUUCCCCCAGCCCCUGUGUUGGCCCUUCCAGUGAACUAUGUUGUUGUCAUAGGCGUACGAGACAGGGGGAAGGGGGGUAAUUUUGGGAAACCAUCUAAAUUCGGGAAAAUGCUAGAAAAAAUAAGAAAAUUCGGGCAGAUUUAUCAGAAAAUAGGUUAAAUUCAGGUUAUUUCAUUACAAUCCUCCAUAAAAAUUCGGGCAAACUUUCAACUGCCCCCCUGAAAAGCAUCAGGCCCGACGCCUAUGGUUGUCGCCCCCCCCCCCCUCCCAGUGAAUGUCCCUUCUGUCUACAAUAUCAGCAAAAAAAAGAACAAUAACUUAGUUAAGAAGAUUAUUUUAGUAUUUCCAUGACCAAAUCGUUGUCUAGCGGAUGAAAAAUACAAAAAAAUUGUGUCUAAAAAUGCCGAAAAUCAACCCCCAGACACUUAAAAAUGUAAACUUUUUCUGGGGCCAGACAAGUUCACACUUUCCCGUUCACCACUUUAGGACCUAGUUGGGUCCCUUUCUCUUCAUGGGGUCCCCCGCCCCACUGACAAAUCCCAAAAGAGGUCCUGUCAAAGUUCGUCGGCGAUCUUCGUUGUUUUCGUGAUUCCGCGUAGAGGAGGCGAUGGGCCUGGAUCAGUACCAAGAUUGAAAUUAAGAUUGUAAAGAUUAAGAAUUUAACUUGUGUUAGUAUAUAUGGAAAUUGACUCGAAAACGUUUCUUCUUCUUCUUCAGAUUGCCUCGACAGUUCACGUAUCUGUAGUCGGUGGACCAUCAUCAAAGAUUGUGACCUUAAUGUAAAAAACAGCUUGAUGACCAGACGUAUCUGCCCUCAAUCCUGUGGCGCUUGUUUCGACUACUCCACCAGAGCGUAAUUGUAAAUUUGAGUUUGUUUUAUACUGACAUGAAUGCCAAUCAUGAACACUGGAUUGUGUACAUAGUGCUCUUUAAUUCAUCAGAACUCUGAGUUCAUGAAUUUUCUUUAUCUAUUGCAUGUUAAAUUUUGAUCUUAGAUUUUAAGAAUGCUUUCAUAGUUAAACGUUAUAACUACGUUAUAAAUUUAAAUCCUUUACUGGAGACAAGACUUCACUAACAUUAUUACUACAAUUAUCCACUUGUAAAACUAGUGUGCUUUUGUUUCAAGGCACGACGCUGCCAAGACAAGUUCGUGCACAGAAGAUUUUAGAGCUGACCUUACGAUUUUAGGACGGCAACGCGACGGCAACGGCUACCAAUACAAUAAGUCAUUGAAAAGAAUGGAAUCUGUUUACAACGCCAAAUCACAGUUUUUCAAGUCUUGAUACAACGGCUGCAUUUCAAGCCGCAACAAGUACAACUUCAAACUGAGUUCAGCAGAACUCUUCCCAACCAUAAAACUCAUGUCUUCAACUUCUAAGACUGCAUUAAAUUCAUAUAUACGAUUGAUAAUAUACGACGAAUUAUCUUUACUACCAUUUAUUUGUAGGAGUUUGUUUUGGCCUUCGUUGUCGCGUUGCCGUCCUAAAAUCGUAAGGUUUCUAUUAGCAUUGCAUAAAACGCUUGAGGUGUAAAAUACUCUAAAGUUGAAUAAACUUAGUACUGUACUGAAUAGACUUGACUUAUACUGGAUAGUUCUAUCAGCACUAGACUGAUGGAUAUUGCCGAUUUAUAUAAUCUUUCUCAGCUUAUAAAUGAACCUACUCGAAUCACAG